AUGGAAGAUGACUAUUUCUAAGAGCUGUUUAAGCUAUUUCGAGAAUCAUAAUCUGUUCAGCCACCUAAAAAACCUAUUGGUGCAUAUGAUAGGUUUGUCGGAAAUUAUGAACAAGCAUGCAAAGAAAAAAAUCUAAUUCACAAUUCUGAGUAAGCAAAAAAAUAAUGGGAAAAUUUAGAAAAGGAACUUAGAGAGGAAUAUUAUCGAUUGUCAAAGUAGGAUUAAGAGCUGUAUGAAAAAUUAUUCAGUUCAUAUCAUUCCAUUUCAAUCCUCAUAAAAAAAAAGAAAGCAGAUGGAUCAGUACUAUUUUUUUAAGAGAAAGGAGCCGAUGGAAGUUUAACUAAUCUUCAAUAAUUAUGGGAUGAACUAAAUGCUGAAGACAAGUAAAUAUAUGGUUAAAGGGCAUAAUAAAAUUAGGAGGACACCAUUAAGGCCGCAAUAGAAGAAUAUAUAACUGAAUACUAAAAUUACUUGAAUCAAUAAAAUGAAAAGCCAUAAGAUUUAUAAUUUGUUCAAAAAAUGGAGGAUGAAUAGGAUGAAAUAGAUUAAAUUGAUAUCAUAAUAGGAAUAAAGCGAACUAAUGGAAAGAAAGAAUAUUUGGUAAGGUUUAAGGGCAAAACAGGUAAAGAUGCAAAAUGGUUCCCUAAAAAGAAACUCAGAAAAGUGAAAGAAAUUGUUAAGGAAUUUGAAGAAACUUAUUUUAAAUAAUCAUUUUAGGAUGUUGAAUCAAGUAGUGGCUUUGAUUCAACUCCUCCUCAACAAAUGUAAUAAGAAGAUGAGAAGGGAAAUCAAGGAAAAGAAAUAAAAUAAUCAUAAAAAUAAGAAAAUGAGGAAGUGAAAGAAGAAAAGAAAUAGAAAUAGAAAUAGUAAUAGAAAGCUAAGCCCAAAGAUGUUUCAACAAAAAGAACCUAAAUAACAUAAUAAAAGAAUGCAUAAUAAUAAAAAUCUGCUACAUCUUCAAAAGGAAAUACUUCUACUCCAAAAAUUUCUGAAGUUGAAAUUAAAACAAGUUAAUCCAGAAGAAAUUAAAAAAUACCAGAAAAAGCAAAUCCAACCGAACCUAAAUUAAAUCAGGAAAAAUCAAACAAAAAAUAAGAUUAAGAGAUAAAGAACUAGAAAUAGUAAGAUAAAUCACAAGAUGACAGAAAACAGAGAAACAAACAAAUCUCAGUCGAAAAACCUACUAGAUCUUUAAGGGAAACAAAGGGAUCUAAAGAAGAUCUAUCAAAGAGAUCUAACAAAAUAACUCAAGAAGAGCCAGUUGGUAAAAGAGUAAAGAAAUAAAUCAACGAUUUGUCUGUAGAAAAAUCCAAGGUUAAAACAAUUUAGAAAUCCAAUUCACGAGAAGAAAGAUAAAUCCAAUAAUAAAAAGAAUAGAUCAAAGAAGUUGUUAUCCCAAAAAGAUCAGGUAGAAGUAGAGAUUAUUCAACUACUAAAGCAUAAUAAGUACCAUCUGUAAAGAAUGACAAACAAGAAAAAAAGGAAAAUAAAUUAUCUACUAAAGGAAAAUAAGUUGUGCAAAAAUAAAGUUUGAAUACUUCUAAUCUUUAAUAAUCAAACAAGAGAAACAUCAACAAUUAAGAAAGUUAAUAAAAAUAAUCUAAAAAUUAAUAAUAAUAAAGUGCAGUAUCAAAAACAAGAACUACAAGUGUCAAGUCAAAUAAACAAUAAAAUAAUUAAAAAUAAGAAAAAGAACAAAUUACAAACAACAAUCGUUCUCGAUCAGCAGAUGUAAUCAAAAAUAUUAUUCCUAAAAGUAAGGCUAUCAAUAAUGUACGUAAAAGUUCAAUAAUAAGUAGAAGUCCAAAGAAAACCUCAGCAAAUACAUAAAAGAAUGAAUCAUUGAAUAAAGGCCAAUAAAAAUAAUAAUAGCAAAGUAACUAAACUUUAGCUAAAUAAACAAAGCAAUAGGUUGAAGUAAAAAAUAAAAGUUCUAUAAAUACUUAAAAAUCUAGCUCAGAUGCAAUCUCAAAAAAAAGGGAAUUACGUGGAAAAACAAUAACCAAGAAUCCUGUGAAAAUCAACAAAAAAAUAUCAAAAAACAAAACAAAUAAUAAAGGGAAAUAAAAAAAUAAAAUAAGUGAGUAAUAAAGAAAUAAGGAAAAAGAAAGCUAAAAAAAUAGUAAUGCCAUUUCUAUGGUUACUGCCAGAUAAACUAGAAGCAAAAAAUCUAAGGAUGUAGGAAAAAGAAAGCACUGA